GGGUCCUUCCGCCGCCGCUGCAGCCUUUCCCGUAGAGAGUGCAGCUGCUUCUUGUGCGCCUGAAUGUUGCUCCAUGUGUCCGACAUGACAUUCGAGUUGAGGAUUAACCCAAAAUACACGAAUCCCGUUCUUCUGCCGCUGAAAGACUGAAUCUAUUGUUGCUAAAAACCAAGGAAAAGAUGGCGGAAGAGAAGAGCAGCGAGCGGCUCACUGAGAAAAACGAACUGCAGAUAAUGAAGGAGCUGGUGGAUGAACUGUACCAGUUCAGAGAUUUUUAUUUUGACACUCGCGGUCUAGAGGACGCUGCCCUGAAGCAAAACGAUGUCUUGCAGGAGAUGGAGAAGACGCUGAUGAGGCUGCAGGAGAAUGAAGAUUGUUACAAAGACAACGCAGACUUCCUGCUGCAGAAAGCCAGGUGUCUUAAUGUCUCUGCAGACUACAGUGCCAUGGCAGAGGAGUCUCUCUCCCGGGCUCUGAAGCUGGACCCCAGGCUAUACGAAGCGUGGAAUAUUUUGGGGGAGCAGUACUGGAAAAAAGAAGACCUGGUCAAGGCUAAGAACUACUUUGAGGGAGCACUGCAGAAGAGCAAAAACAAAGUGUCUCUCCGUAGCCUGUCCAUGCUGUUGAGGCAGCUGCCGGUGGCCGACUCCAACACCUAUGGCAAAAUGGUGCUGGAGAGUGUGGACUUGGCCCGACAAGCUGUGCAGUUGGAUGUCACUGAUGGGACGUCCUGGUUUGUCCUGGGAAAUGCCUACGUGUCCAUGUUUUUUUCCUGUGGACAGAACCCACAGUUGUGUCAACAAGCUCUUAGUGCCUACGCACAGUCUGAAAAGGUGGACAGAGCUGCUGCUUUCUACCCGGAGCUGCACUUCAACAGGGCCACAUUGUUCCAGUAUGAGGAGAUGUUUGGGUCGGCGUUGGAGGGUUACAGCCGAGCGGCGGCACUGGAGCCCAGCAUGGGGGAUCCUCCUGUGAGGGAGAAGCAGCUGCUGGAGUAUCUGGAGAAAGUCACAGACCUCAUUCAGAACAAGGGCAAGGUGAAAGCUCGGCGGUUGAGGAACAUGCUCUCCAACCUCAACACUUCCGCCCUAGGCCCUUGCUCCUCCCCUCAGUUUCGUUCUCCUGCCGGCCGUGUUGGCAGCCUUGAGCCUCGGACCCUGUCUUCGCUCUCGCAUGGACACAAUGCCGGUGUGGCCGCCCUGGGGAAGGUGGUGUUCAGUCUGGCCUGUGAUGGUCGCAUGGCCUUUACAUUUGGAAUGGUGGACCAAGAGGAGACGUGUAUAGUGGUUAUGGUCUACAACACCGCAGACAGCUGGGGCGUCCUGAUAGGAGACAGUGUAGCCAUCCCAGAACCUCAGGUCAAGCGACAAAAUAUAACCCACAAAGACAAGGUGUUUGACUUCAGGAGUAUCAGAGUGGACUCUCCUCUGCUGCUGAUUGUCAACGGGAAGAAACAGAACGUCCAAAGUCAGAUCGCUGCCUCUGUCAGCUACAAGCCUCGGUGUGAAUGAGGCUAGGAAAACAAUAAGACUUUUAAUUAUGGGAACCUGAAAUUCCAAUGUUUGUCUCUUUGUUGUUGUUUUGUUGUAUAUAUAGUUAUCAUACUGCAUUGUCUUAAGAAAGAUGGCAUGUUUAUAUUUAUAAAAAACAUUUUUUUGGUAUGUUCUCGCUGUUGGGGGGCAUGGAUAUGUUUUUGUAAGUCAAUUUUUUUUAUACUGUCAACAAAUGUUCAUUUUGACUUUUUGUAGCUUGUAAAAACAUUCAAAGCUGCACUUCAAAACCCCAUCACAAAAUAUUAGACAACUGAGACUAAAUGUCAGGUUUACUUAGAAGAAUGUUGUUCUAGAUCUUUUGCUAAAUUAUUUAAAAGGAUUUUGUUCAAAUUAACCUCAUAGACAAUGACACCAAACGGGGCAGCUGACAGCUGAUCACGCCUUUGCCACCUGGAGGUAAAAACAAAGAUUUUCCAAAUGGAGCAGUUAGACUGUAGCAUUGAACUAUAACUGUCCCUUUAGGUUCUGACUGUUUGCCAAGGAAAUCAUUAAAUUAUGAUGAACGGAACAGAAAACU